AUGACUAAAAACAAGAGUGAAUAUCUGGAAACCACAGGUGAAACUCCCUCAGUUGAACAGUUGGAGGAUAUAUUGCAUGCAGGUCAACUGUCCUGUAACAAUGUUGAUGAAAUGUGGCCUAAUUUGUUUCUGGGGGACAUGUACAUGUCUCAUGGCAGGUAUGGCCUAUGGAAACUGGGUAUCACUCAUGUGUUAAAUGCUGCACAUGGUAAAAUGUGUUGCAAAGGAAGUGAUGAUUUGUAUGGGACAACUGUGAAAUACAAUGGCGUGCCGGCCAGUGACCUGCCUACGUUUGAUAUUUCACCUUUUUUCUACCCUUCAGCGCACUACAUUAUGAAGCGCUCUUAUCUCGUUUCACCAGCUAAAGUGUUUGUGCUUUGUGCUGUGGGAGUGAACCAUUCAGUUGCUCUGGACUUUGCUUAUUUAAUGAUAUAUUGCAAUUACACUUUGGUGGAUGUCAUCCUAAAAGUGAAAGAGAGAAGAUGGAUUUUUCCAAACUGAGGAUUUCUGAAGCAAUUGAUUACACUCAACAGUGAACUACAAGUCAAAGGCAAAGUAACUUGCAUAGUAGGUCUACAUCUUAUGAUGGAGGCAUGGAAUAAAUCAUCUCCCUUUACAUAAACUGAAAAAAAUAUAUUCUUCAAACAAUUAUGCAAUUCAGAAAUGUAUAUAAACAAAUAAUAACAUUCAAUCAUCUUAAACUCCUCC